GGUGGGGGUGGGGGAGCGGGCCUGGUUCCCGGGACACCAUGUUGGACUCGGAGGAGGAGAGCCAGGACCGGCAACUGAAAAUGGUCGUGCUGGGGGACGGCACCUCCGGGAAGACCUCCUUAGCUACGUGCUUUGCUCAAGAAACUUUUGGGAAACAGUACAAACAAACUAUAGGACUGGAUUUCUUUUUGAGAAGGAUGACACUUCCAGGAAACUUGAAUGUUACUCUUCAAGUUUGGGAUAUAGGAGGACAGACAAUAGGAGGCAAGAUGUUGGAUAAAUGUAUCUGUGGAGCACAGGGAAUUCUCUUGGUAUAUGAUAUUACAAAUUAUCAAAGCUUUGAGAAUUUGGAAGACUGGUAUUCUGUGGUGAAGAAAGUGAGCGAGGAGUCAGAAACUCAGCCGCUGGUUGCGUUGGUGGGCAAUAAAAUUGAUUUGGAGCAUAUGCGAACGGUAAAACUUGAAAAACACUUACGGCUUUGCCAGGAAAAUGGUUUUAGUAGCCACUUUGUCUCAGCAAAGACAGGAGACUCUGUCUUCCUGUGUUUUCAGAAGGUUGCUGCUGAAAUCCUUGGAAUCAAGUUAAAGCAGAAAUAGAACAGUCACAGAGGGUGGUGAGGGCGGAUAUUGUAAACUACAAUCAGGAACCUAUGUCAAGAACUGUUAACCCUCCUAGGAGCUCUAUGUGUGCAGUUCAGUGAGCACACUCUACCUUUGCACCAGUAUUCCUGGCUGCCCUUCACCCCCGCCCCCAUGGCCAGGGGCCUCUAGAAAGCUGUGUUAUCAGUGGCCAUCUCUGUAGCAUUCAGUUAACACCUUCUCCCAGCUUCCUCAGUGCACACCGCCGCCACAGCUGACGCAGCUCCUUGGCCUGAAGGAUCAACUUCAACUUCGGGACAACACGCUUGGAAUCCAAAAUGGAAAGCCUUUUCUCUGGAAUUAAACUGCUUCACUGAAAAAGAAUAAUUUUGGUUCUCUUUACAUUCUCCCUUCUUUUUUCUUCGACGUGAACUUUUUUAGACAAAUAUGAAAACGAUACAAGUCUUGAUCAGCAGCCAGGAUUUGGCACUGCACAAUUUCAUUCUCUUAUCUGAACUACCUGGCAAAGUGCGUUUCAGAGUGCAAACACUUAAACAAGUAAUAUAUUUUAUCAACAGAUACUUCAGAAGGCAUUCUUUUGCUGUCUGUUGUGAGUGAAAAUAUAUAAAGUUGUAUCCAACUGAAAAUGCUUGAAAUAAAGCUGUAAUAGAUAUAUUUUUUUCAUUUUUUUUAAAGAGGGCCUAAACUGUUUAUAUUGUAAUUGUAACUCACAAAGUAGUGAGUAUUUGCUAUUGUAUUUUUAUUACCAUGUCAUGGUCAUUAUGUAUCGUGUAAUACUCAGGUUGGAUGGCUUUAUGAAGUUUGGUAACUGUUCAGCUGUUGCUCCACAUGGACUUCCUCCUCCAAACUGCCCAAGAGCACUCCCAGAAUGAGUCCCGACUGUUGUUGGAUCAUUGUGGAUCAGACUGUACCUGAUGUUCAGAUGUUCUUCUUCUGCAAAUAAACUUAUUUCAAUUAAA